UAAUAGUGUCACUCAACUAUUUGCCAAACUGAUGAUUUGUAAGAUAUCCAUACAACUUUUUUCUUUUAUUCGGAAUAUAAUAUUGAAUGCUUCAGCACUGUUUUUUCUAAAGAGGCCAGGGAAGAGGAAAUUAAAAUAAUCCCUGCAACAAGUGCAAAGAAUUGUGAUGAUGAAAAAAAAUAAUUAGAACAGCAGAAGAGGUUUAACUUUCUACCAAGGAGCCAUCUGUUCUAUUAGGGAGAUUUGCAGGUGCCUUUUCCACCCAGCAGAAUUAAAGUGAUACAAUGGAUUACAACAUUCAUUUAUAGAAGUGUCAAUGAGAUGCAAAGGAAAGUGUUUCUGGGAAAUAUAUACAAUGAUGAUAACAAUAACAACAAUAAUAAUUCAAAUUAUAAGCAGAAGUCACUAUAGGCUCUUUCCUCAAUUGGACUCAUGCUUCCAAGGUACAAGAAAUCUUAAUUGUCCUUGGACAAAACAUUAGAUACAAUCAUGAACAUGAGGUGGUCUAAAUGAACUGUAUCCUGUAUUGUUAUGUUGGUUACAGUUGGUGCAAUGAUACCUUGCUGUUUCCUGAUACACUGCAUUACCCUAUUUCUUUUAAAUAAGACUCCAUCUACCAUGCAGAUCAAUAUUUGAAAACUGCUGUACAAGAUUGAAUAACUGCAUUUGUGGGCCUAUAGAUACCAGCAAGUUGGUUGAAAGUACCACUAUUAUACUUGUAACUACCUGCUCUAUCCCUUUUCCUCCAGAUCUAAGUUCCUAGGAGACAGAGUGUGGUCAUGUCAUCAGCUGACUUCCUGUACCAAGAUAACUUUACUGAAUACUUUGGAGAUUAUGGGGAAGAUGAGCCACUUCAGGCCCAGGCCCACCUCAGUCAUGCACAAAUUGCUUCUCUUGUGCUACAGAUGAUGGCUUUUCUCUUAGGAGUACCUGGCAAUGCAAUAGUUAUUUGGAUCAUGGGCUUCAAAUGGAAUAAGACAGUUACAUCCAUCUGGUUCCUCAACUUGGCAAUUGCAGACUUAAUAUUUGUUUUGUUCUUGCCCCUAUAUAUUGCAUACAUCAUCAUGGGCUUCCACUGGCCUUUUGGGAAAUGGCUGUGCAAAGCAAAUACUUUUAUUGCCUUGCUCAACAUGUUUGCCAGUGUCUUCUUCCUGACAGCAAUCAACCUUGAUCGUUAUGUCCAUCUGAUCCACCCUGCCUUCUCCUAUAGGCAUCGGACACUUGGGAAUGCCUAUAUCCUAGUUUUACUCAUUUGGAUUUUGGCUACAGUUCUUGGAAGCCCAGCACUGUAUUUCAAAGACACAUUUAUAUUACCCCAAAAUGUCACCAUAUGCUAUUACAACUUUCACCAAGAUUUGGAUAUUAUUGUAUUCAGACACCAUACACUUACAUGGAUAAAGUUCAUUUGUGGCUAUCUCUUUCCACUCUUAACUAUGAUUGUUUGUUAUUCCUUUCUGUUCAGUCAGGUUAAAAAAAGUACAGUAUUAACCUCCAGCAGGCUCUUCUGGACUAUCCUUGCGGUGGUGGUGGGUUUUUUUAUUUGCUGGACCCCAUAUCAAAUAUUUAGCAUUCUGGAACUGUCAGCUCAUCAUAACACCUCUUUGCAUGAUUUGCUUGAAAAUGCCAUGCCUCUUUCGAUUGGCUUUGCCUUCAUUAAUAGUUGCCUGAACCCUAUCCUUUAUGUCCUUCUCAGUAAGAAGCUUCCAUCCUGCUUUAGUGUGACAUUCUCAGAGUUGGCCAAGCACACCCUGUGGGAAGUCAGCCGAUCUGCUACAGCGAGCGAUCAUGGUCAGAAUUCCCUGAGUCUGCAGUUGACUGAAGUCCCAGUGAUAGAACACCCUCUGGAGGAAAUUUUGCAGUGACUGCAUCCCUCUUUGUAAACUAAAUUCAAUUUAGCACUAGAUUAACAUACAGUAUGAUUGGAUAUAAAUAAGCACUUAUAAGUAGAUAAGCUUUUUACAAAUUCUGUUAAAAUCUCUCAUUCUUGACAGAGCUCUGAGAGCAUAGAUGACUCUUUUGAUUCCUGCCUCAACUCUUAUCAGUCAAAUAGGGAUGAACAUUGAUGCAGCUUAGAACAAUGUAAAUGUAUGGCUAAAGGCUUCUGCAAUUAGACUUUUUCAUUAAUUAUCCUUUAGGAGUUAUAGGGGAGUAAUUUCAGACUGGAAAAGCAGAGCAAUAUAGAAUAAUCUUUGCUUCUCUAUCAGUUUCAACUUUGUGAACUUUUCUAGGCUGAGGUUAAAAAUGUUAGCAAGAGAAGCACAUCAAGAAGAAAAAAGACAUUUUAUAAAAACAUAAGAUUUUGAAGUACAUUCUGAAUCAUAGUAUUGCCUUAUUUUUAUCAUUCCUCAAAAAUAAAAAAGGUAUCAGUGGGGAACUCGGGGCAGACUAAUAGUCCUGUGGUAUAUAUGUAUGAGGAAGUGUUAUGAUAAAUAUUGUCUCUUAUGCUAUCUAAAAUGCACUGUGUUGCAAUAUUUAUACAUAUGGUAUGGUACUACAUUAUAGUACUAUAGUAACAGAAUACUCUAUUUACCAUGCUUGUAAUACCAAUGAAAAUGUACAAUGUAAGCACAAUUUGAUCUCUUUUUUUGUUACUGUUGCCUGGAUAUAGGCAUUUACAUAUAUUAAAGCACUUUUCUGUUAUUGCUUUCAA